AUGUUGACAUUCAAUCAUCUGAACGCAGACGCAUUCGAGAAUUCCAAAAAACCCAACGGUCGAAAGAGACCCCGUAUUCGGGAGCCCGUGGCAUGUAAUCAUUGUCGAAAAUUGAAAGUGCGCUGCGAUCGCAAGUCACCAUGCAAGCAGUGCCGAGAUCGUGGAAUGGAUACAGAGUGCGCUUACUCGCGUUCCAAAAGUCCAGUAGUUUCGGUCUCGGGGUCUGUCAGGCCGUUGGUAUCUCCUCCAAGUACAGAGAUAGAUGUACUGACGGCACCCGCCUCCGAUGGCGAGGUACCUCGCAACGUAUCUACCGCCAGCCAUGGCAAUGGUGCCUUCAGAGGGUCUGAUUACAAAACAAGACUGAUUGGCGGCACCCACUGGCUAGCGGCAUGUAAUGAUUUGCCUGUAGUAGAAGCCAUGCUGAAGAAGACCGUCGACUUUCAACCUACGUGGAGCAAUUUCGCGGAAGUAAAGUCUCUCCUUCGCGUGGCAAACUCGGUACCAGCAGGAGUGGCUGGAGCUGGUAAUACGAAACUAUGGCAUCUCCUUCCCGAUCGACCGACCUGCGAAAAAUGGAUUCGGCGAUUUUACGAGACAUAUGGUAGAAUCUAUCAUGUGAUCGACCAGAACUUCCUGAUCGGUCAACUGCAGAGGGUAUUGAUUUCACCCGUCGAUGCCAAUGAAGUUUACAUUCUCAAGAUUCUGUUGGUAAUUACGAUUGCCAAGCAGACGGACAAAUCAGAGCGAUUACGAGGGCGACUGAUAAUGCAAGAAGCAGAAUGGCAUAUAUAUACAUCUCCGCCGUUCCAAAAACCUUGUAUAGGCGUCAUGCAGGUUUUGUUGCUGCUGAUUAUUUUGAAGACUAUCAAUGCCUCAGAUACUGACAGUAUUCACGGCCUCUUGGGUAUUAUGGGGCUGACUACGCAAAUGGCCUUGAGCAUGGGUUUGCAAAGGGAUCCGGCUUUGUUUCCAAAUGUCACUCCGUACUAUGCCGAGUUUCGAAAACGAUUAUGGGCGUGCUUCUUUCGAUUGAACCUUGAUUAUUGCAUCCGGAGCGGAUCUCAAUUUAGUAUUAGAUUGGAAGACGUGGAUUGCCCUCUCCCGAGUUCUAUCGAUAUUCAGACCCUUGACCAGGGAACCGCUAGAGAGCCAGUUCUCCUGCUGAGCCAGACGCAGCAAGCAUCGGACCAAGCUUUCAACAUCGCCGCUAUGAAACUUGCCAUGAUGAGAGCUCCAUUACAACAGCAGCUUUGCUCCACAACACCACAAUUAUCGAGCGAGGUACGCGAUCAAGUGCGCGCCUCUUGCCGUAAAAUUCUACGUGAGCUGCCCCCAAAUUUGCAAGAGGGGGCUUCGUCAUGCAGUCCAAUCGAAAAACUUCAACAAGCCAUAUUGACCGCGCAUGUACAUGGCUCUAUGAUUAUCAUCACACAUAAUAAUGUUCUCGGAGUUCUACCCCAUAAAUCACAGCGGGACGAUCUCUAUGAAGCAUGGGACAAUUCAGUGCCCAUUCUCAACCAGUUACAAGAAGUGUUACAAGGCGACUCGGAGCUGUCUAGUGUGGCUUACCACUUUCUUUGGAGUGACCUUGCCCGCGCCGCAUUGACUGCGUGUUUGGUAGUGUUUCGCCUGCGGAGCUUCACUCUGGGGACAAUAGUCUCUAAUUGUCCUCCUCCUACGCUAGUCAUGUUCCAACAGCACUUAUCAAAGUAUCUUGAGUACUUUUCACAUAUAUUAGCGGGGAGGUACCACCUUGGACCUGUCGUAGCAAAGACGAGACUUAUCCUUGCUGUCACAACAAGUAUCACCUCAAACCUGUUCCGCGACUUUGGCGACAUACAACAUGAUUCCAAAUUCAUAAAACUCGGCAUCGCAGCUGCUGAGGAGACUGUUACGGAAAUGCAACGGUCUCUGAGGCGGGAAUAUCAAGUCUCGGCACCCUUGUUGCUGGAAUUCAGUGAUACUGCAAGGAUAGAGACUGCCCUAACUGCUCCCCAGCCUUUGAUCACUAAUUGGAUGGACCCUACACAAAUUUCUGAUCCCUUGACGCGGACUUUGUUUGCAAGCGACUGCGACUUUGGUCUGGGCUCAAAAUCUCCGGACUUAGAUUUGGAGUCCAGUCUUUACGCUAUGGCACCAUUUGAACCUACCUUGACAAAUCAGUCCACGACCGACAGUCUGUGGGAAGAUAUAUAA